UAAAAAAACAUUAACCUCAAUUUGCAGAUUUCUAUUUUUGUUUACAUGUUUACCUGUGAUCUGUAAUGUUUACUUUUAAUCUGGUCAUCUGGAUCUCAUGAUAUGAAUUCGUUCUCUGUGUCCAAUUUCCAUAGCCAUAAUAUUAAGUUUCAUUUCAUAUUUUUAUUUAUUGUAAUGCAACAGACUUAAUUAUCAGCUUUAUAUAAUGACUAGUAAAUCCCACAGUUAUUGUUCAGUGAAGGAAUGUAAAAACUAUUUAUCAGAAAAUAUAUCUUUGCAUCGCUUUCCCAGAGAUCCGAAACUAGCAAUGCAGUGGAAAAUUAAACUGAAAAUUUCUAAACCACUUAGCAAAUGUAUGUGUGUUUGCAGUGAACAUUUUGAUAAAGAAGAUUUUACACUGAAUACCAGAGAUAGAAAAUUGAAAAGACUGAAGAUAGGAGUUAUUCCAUCUCAGAAAAUUCCUAAAGAAAUAUCCACCAAAAGAAAAAAACCAAAGAAUGGUGGAUCCCUCAGGACAUGGUCCAGAGUCAGUAGUGAUGAUUUGAGUAAGAGUAUUCAACUUCUAGCAGAUAUUUCUGUGGGGGAUGAAGAUCCCUCCCUCAGGAAAAGACAAUCGCGAAGACAACUUACUCAGUAUCAUGAAACAAUUACCAACAGAUUGAACGUAUUUGUUGACGAAGAAGUGCAGACAAGUUUCCCUUUCAACAACUUAGAUGUGAUGAAUUCUGACUACAGUAUAAAAUGUUUUACUGGGGUUCAUCCAACGCUUAUAAAUACUCUGGUAGACUGCAGUAAUAAUGCUUUAACUUGCAAUUCUAAUGACAUUCCUGAUAACCUCAAAUUGAGAAUUGUGUUGGUGUUAUUUAAACUGAAGCGCAAUCUAUCUUUUGAUUGCCUAGCCAUUAUAUUUAAUUUACCAAAAACCACGUGUACAAAAUAUUUUUAUUCAACUUUAUCACUUCUUGCGACAGUUUUAAGACCUAUUGUGAAAUGGCCCACAAAAGAAGAGAUACAAGCCAACACUCCAAGAUGUUCAAAACAUUUUGAGAACACCAGAGUAGUGCUGCAUUGCACUGAAAUAAAAGUUCGAAAAAGCAAGAUUUUGACUGACAGACUUGAAAGUUUCUUGUAUUUCAAAAAUACUCUUGCCCUAAAAGUUCUAACAGGAAUCACACCAUCAGGUUUAAUAGCCUACGUUGGUCCUUGCUAUGGAGGGAAAACUAGUAAUGAAGCAAUUUUCAAUGGAUGUGACUUCACAUCCCCAUUGGAUCCAAGUGAAGACUUAGUGGUGAAUAAAAGUUUUUGGAUUGGGAAGGAAAGUGAAGAUUAUUUAGUUGAAAUCAUUCAGCCCUCAUUUCUAGAUAAAAAACAAUUAUCAGAGGAAGAAGCUACUCUCACUUCAAAUACUCCAAGAACACGGAUUCAUAUAGACAGAGUAAUUCAGAAAAUGAAAUCAUUUAAAAUCAUUUCAUCUCAGAUUGAAUGGUUUAUGAUUCCUCACAUGGAUGAUGCAAUGAUAGUUAUCGCAGGUUUGCUAAACUUGUCUCCACCUAUUCUCUCCAGUGAGCUUUUUUGAAUGAAAUUAUUUUGUUUGAUCCAUUCAAAAUAGUGUAACAAUUUGUUGAUUACAUUUAUUGUAUAUGUUUGCUUUCAAAGAACAUUAAUUAAAGUCUCAUAUUCA